CAAAAUAGAGUAUAUAGAGGAGUUUUUUUUUUUGGCUCUUUGAAAAAACUUGUCUUAACUUGUUGACUAUUAUUACUCUUAAUUAUUUUUCUAAUUUCUUAAUUUGAAGAAUUGUUGUUGGUGGUUAAUGGAUUUCAUAUCUCUGUUCCUUCCCUUUUUCGUACUGAAAUUGGUCAUGAAAUUAAAGUACCCAAACUCCAUGAUUAUUAGAAGUCUCUUCCACGAUACCAUCAUUCGCCACUACUACCACCGCCAUCAUCACCGUCGCCACCACCCUUAAUAAAUUCCUCUCUCAUUUCAUAUUUUUCCUUCAUCAAUUUUACAGUUCACCCUUUUUAAUUUUAUCUCUGGGUUUUUUCAACAAUGCCAGGUCUGUUCUCAGUUAGAACUCCUUCCACUUCAACACCGUUACACAUUUCACUUCCUCAAAAUGACAAUCAAGUCCACAAAAACGACAUGAAAACACCGUCUCCACUUCUAAACCAAACCCCAUCGCCCUACCCCUCUAAAAGGAUCCCUGACAAGCUUCCCGUCGACGACAACCCGAAUCCGGGUUCUUUUUUGUUAAAGCUGGCCCGCGAUAGCAUCGGUUCUAACCCGAAUAAGGCAUUGGAUUAUGCGUCACGUGCGUCCGCUUCAUUUGAAAGGUCUUCUUCCCGUUCGGGUCUGGAGCUUACCAUGAGUUUGCACGUGCUAGCGGCUACUUAUUGUAGUUUGGGUCGGUUUGGGGAAGCGGUUUCGGUUCUUGAGCGUUCUAUAGAAGUUCCGGAUCUCAGUAACAGGUUAGAUGAUGCGUUGAUGAAAUUUUCCGGGCAUAUGCAACUAGGGGACACGUAUUCUAUGUUGGGCCAGCUGGAUAGAUCCAUUUCGUGUUACGAGUCGGGUUUGAAGAUCCAGAUUGAAGCUCUCGGGGAUUUGGAUCCGAGAGUUGCAGAGACAUACAGGUAUUUAGCUGAGGCUUAUGUACAAGCAAUGCAGUUUGAUGAGGCAGAAAAGCUCUGCAAGAAGAUCCUUGAAAUUCAUAGGAUGCACAGUCCUUCAGCUUGUCCAAUUGAAGCAGCUGAUCGUCGGCUUAUGGCUCUUGUUUGCGAAGCAAAGGGAGACUAUGACUCCGCCCUUGAGCACCUUGUACUCGCUAGCAUGGCUAUGAUUGCUGGUGGUAUGGACAAUGAGGUUGCUGCUAUUGAUGUAUGCAUUGGUAACAAUUAUGUGUCUGUUUGUCGCUUUGAGGAAGCCAUUUUUUCCUACCAAAAGGCUUUGACGGUUUUCAAGUCUACUAAGGGUGACGAUCAUCCUAGAGUCGCGUCAGUAUUUAUUCGCCUAGCGGAUCUUUAUCAUAAGACAGGCAAGCUAAGGGAGUCCAAAUCGUAUUGUGAGAAUGCUCUGAGAGUAUAUGUGAAACCAGCUCCUGGAACUGCGACUGAGGAGAUUGCGGUGGGUUUGACGGAAAUCUCAGCCAUCUAUGAAGCUCUGAAUGAGCAUGAGGGGGCGCUAAAGCUUUUGCACAAGGCAAUGAAGUUACUAGAAGAUAGACCUGGACAACGAAGCACAAUUGCAGGAAUAGAAGCACAAAUCGGGGUGAUGUUUUAUUCGGUUGGAAGGUAUGGAGAGGCUCGAGACUCUUUUGAGAAUGCGAUUGCAAAGCUUAGGGCUUGUGGGGAAAAUAAAUCAGCCUUGUUUGGAAUUGUGUUAAACCAACUAGGGUUGGCUUGUGUGCAACUCUACAGAAUUGAUUCAGCAGCUAAAUUGUUUGAAGAAGCAAGGGAGAUUUUAGAACAAGAGUGCGGCACGUGUCACUUGGAUACCCUUGGAGUGUAUAGCAAUCUUGCAGCAACUUAUGAUGCAUUAGGAAGGGUAGGAGAUGCAAUUGAGAUAUUGGAGUACAUACUGAAGGUAAGAGAAGAAAAGCUUGGGACAGCAAAUCCAGACGUUGACGAUGAGAAGAAAAGGCUAGCUGAGCUGUUGAAAGAAGCUGGAAGGGCUAGGAUUAAGAAAGGAAAUUCUCUGGAGAGUCUCCUUGAUUCCAAAUUUGAAAGGGUUCAAAAGGUCUCCAAGAGGAGGUCUAGAUUUAGUUUUAGAACUUGAUUAAGUUCCUCUUAUCAUAUAUUGGAGUGAUAACAGGUCACACAGAGUACAUAGAAUAUAAUGUAAAGAACUAAAGUACAAUCAUAACCUGUUGCUUCAGUUUUUGCUCUAUAAUUGAUUUUGGUUACCAAUAAACUUCUCUUAUAAUUAA